UCAGCUUGUUGUAUUCCAGAGCGAACGGGUUCAACGACCAACAACACAUACAUUGCUGAGACAGCGCGACUAGGUCUGUCGUCAAUUGGACAAAAUACCCGUGUCGCUCAUAUGAAGAGGCUAUCGUAUUUGCAGCAUCACUUGUCGCUCCUCUCUCUCGCGAACACCCUCUCUGGCUCUUUCUUCCUCCCCGUCUCGCCGGUUCACUUCGGUGGUAGGAGGGGAGGGGAAAAGAAAAGCGACAGGCGGAAGAAUCUCGGUUGCUUCGCUGGUCCUUUUUGUCUUUUGCCGGUAAUUGUCCUCGCGACUGAUUGCGCGCAGUGGUCCGUGGAGGUAUGCAAGCUCAGAUCAGGUCAUCGCUGGUGA